AUGGGUUUCUUAAAGAAGUUAACUGGGAUUUUCGGGUUUGGGCAUAACGAUGGUGGUCACGGAGUUGCGAGAGAUGGAGAUGGUGAAGGAGAUACUACCGGAACAGUCUCCGGCGACGGAGAUAAACGCCGGGAAGAUAAUCAGCCGAGAUUCCGUGAAUCCGGACUUCCAAGGAAAGGUUUUGGUGUACCGGUUCAAGUCGCUGUUGAACGAUCUAAUCCUGGUCCUAUUCUUCAGCCUUGUGCUGCUUCAGAUGGUGGUAUUCAGGGACUAAGCUGGUACUCAAUGCGGCUAAGGAUUGAUGAAGACGGAGAUGUUGCAGAUGAGUUCUUGGAAGAUGAGUUUUGUAAGACUUUGCCAAAAAGAUGCAAAACAAAAGCUGCAAAAGUGAGAGGUUUAGUGAUAUCAUCGGAUGGGAAACUUCAGCCAUUAAUGAAUUGA